UUUGUCUGUUUGGUUUUCAGGAGGAUGUUGCGUCUGCUGUUGGCUCUGAGCUGCGCGGCCGCUCUGAACGCGGCGCCGGGCACCGUCUAUGUGCCUCUCAGGGAUGUCUUCCAAGCCGGCCAGCAGUUUUUUGUCGGUGAUCUCGAGGUGGGCACUCCCGGGCAGCCCAUGUCGGUCAUUGUCGCCAUCGACGGCCUGACGUGCCUCAACUCUGUGCGAUGCUCGGACCCGUACUGCACCAGCCACCGGCAGUACGACGCCUCCGCCUCGUCCACUUACCAGGAGGACGGCACUCCUUUCGACCUCCCGGGAGGGCUGAACAUCAGCGGCGUGCUCUCAAAGGACUCGGUGAGCCUGGGUGGAGCCACCGUCAGCGACGUGCUCUUCGCAGAGGCCACGUCCGUCUGGAACCAGUGGUCGACCGACGCGCCCAACGACGGCGUGCUCGGUCUCGGCUUCAGUCCGGCAGCGCCGUCCAUCCUGGACGCCCUGGCCGAGCAGGGAGUGAUCGCUGACCGGCUGGCCGGCAUCUGGCUGGGCCGGGACGGCGUCGGCGGCGAGCUGACCCUGGGCGGCAUCAACGAGCAGCGCUACACCAGCCCGCUCACCUGGACGCCCAUCGUGGACAACAUGGUGUCGGCCGAGAGCGUCACCGUCGGCCAGGUGAGCGUGUGCGCCGCCGACUGCCGGGUGGGCGCCACCUCCGUCAGCCCCUACUUCUUCCUCACCAUGCAGAUGGCCAAAACCAUCAACGACGCGCUGGGCGGCACGGACAUCGGCCAGCCGGGCGUGGCGGCGCUCGACUGCGCCACCCUGGACGCGCUGCCGACGCUGGAGCUGGUGAUCGCCGGCCGCUCGCUGCAGAUGAGCCCCCGCCAGUACACGGUUGUCAUCCCGCUGACCGGCGGCGAGAGCCUGUGUCUGUCGGGCUUUGUGGGUCAGCCCGAGGCGCCUCCCGCCGACAUUACGGUCGGCACUCUGUUCAUGCAGCAGUUCUACGCCGCCUACGACAUGGACAACAUGCAGCUCGGCUUCACCGACAGUGCGUAGGGGAGGAGCUGCCGCGGGAUCCAGCGCCACCCACCGGGAGUCGGCAGCACGGAGCCGCGGGAUCCAGCGCCACCCACCAGGAGUCGGCAGCACGAAGCCGCGGGAUCCAGCGCCACUGGGAGUCGGCAGCACGGAGCCGCGGGAUCCAGCGCCACCGGGAGUCGGCAGCACGGAGCCGCGGGAUCCAGCGCCACCCACCAGGAGUCGACAGCACGGAGCCGCUGGAUCCAGCGCCACCCACCAGGAGUCGGCAGCACGAAGCCGCGGGAUCCAGCGCCACUGGGAGUCGGCAGCACGGAGCCGCUGGAUCCAGCGCCACCGGGAGUCGGCAGCACGGAGCCGCGGGAUCCAGCGCCACCCACCAGGAGUCGGCAGCACGGAGCCGCUGGGCCGUCCGCAGCUCUGCGUGCCUCCAUCAUGGGUGCUUUACUCUAGGGUGCUUUACCGGACACAUUUAAUUAAUCCAUUUUAAUGGAAUGUUGGCCUUGUUAACUUCAAAAUGCUAUUAUACUUCAGAUACUUUGAAUAUAUGAAUUAUACCAAA